UCAUAUUGUAUGCUAAAACAGACCUAUAAAAAAUGGAUUCUCUGGCAGCAUUAUGCGCUACUACAGAAGUUGAGGAAAACACAAAUCUGUACCAAACAGAAGAUAGAAAGACAGAAACGAAAGAAAAAGAAGUUAAAAAUGAAAGUGCUGCAGCUGGGUCAAUGACAGAAAUUUACCGGCAGCCGAAACGAAGAAAAUUAGAUCAGCUUAUUAAACGUGAGCCGGAAUCUAUUCCAACACUUGAAGAAAGAUUGGCGAAAGUAAGUGAAUCCAGUGAACAACAGUUACAGGAAUCCAGCGAAAAGGGCGCUGCUAUGAAAUUGUCAAAAGGUAAAGAACCCGCGAGGGAGAAUACCACGGAAAAGGAUACGACAUCGAAUCUAGAAUGGCAGCAGCAAAAAAUGAAAGAGAUUGCGCAAACUGCUCGCCAGACAAGUACUAGUGCACGAGUAAAAAGUGGGAAGCGGCGGGACGCUUUGCAGAAGAUUAUAAAAGUCAAUCAGGAGUUAGAUGUUGAGACAAAUAAAAAGUGCGCUACAAAGAAAACCGUUUUAGAUAAAAUGCGAAACUCUGGUUUAACGCAAACACCGUUUCGCGUGUUAUACAACUGUAUGACGUAUGGUAUAAAAGCGAAAGUUUGGAUUCGACGCUACAAAGAUGUGAGAGGCGUCCUUACUGGCUACAUCGUUGCGUUUGAUGUACACAUGAAUCUAGCAAUGAUUGACGUUGAUGAGGUGUUUAUGGUGGAGACCUGGAUGAUGGGGAACCCUCUGCCUAAGAAGAAGAAAAAGAAAAAGAAAAUAAACUUCUCUUUAAAUAGCGACACAUUUACAGAAGUACCCAACAAAUACGGAAUAAAGAUUAAAAAUACGAGUAAUAAAAAAACAAUUGAAUCUCCGCAAGUCGUGCAAAAACCUUUCACUAUAAGCGAAGGUGUAGCCGAGAAGAAAACUUCAAGUACGUCUGACUAUUUGAAAAAGUUGGCGCAAAAUUUAAAAGAUGGUUCCAAACCAAUUGUGGCAUACAAACCGGUAAAAAUCGAAGAGGAAGAGUCAGAAAAAAUGGACGACAGCACCUCAGCGCCUGCGAUUGAUCCUGUUUUAAUGUCAAUAAUAAACAAAGUAAAACAAGAAACUAUCAACCAUCCGACACCAUCUUCUUCUAGCCUCGUACAGGUUACCACGAAUAACAAAGAUGUUUCUCAUGCUAUUAUAAUUACAACUGCUACACCGCAUCAGUUCCCGCCACCAGUACCCAAUUUCGCGCAAAACGUAAUGACGAGUCGAAUUGAAUCCGAUGUUCAUGUAGGUGCGACUGCUACAUUUCAUCAGUUUCCGACAUCGGUACCUUCAAGCUUUGCACAGAAGCCAACUGAUGGCUUUUAUAACUCUACUGGUGAUAGUGAGAUGAAGGCUUGUGAAGGGUUGAUUGACUUGCAUCGUGAAGCUGUACUAAUGGCUCCAACUCAUAGUGUGCCCCCACCAUCAUUCCAGCCUUCCAUCUCACAACCGCCGCCACAACCAAUUUUGCAUCCACUGCUGCAACCACUUUUCCAGUCAAUUCAACAACCAAUUCCACCAUCAAUUCCUUCACAAGUCCCAGCGUCGAUGCCACCAUUUAUUCAAUCCAAACUUCUGACGUCAGCUUCACCGUCACUUCCAUUAUCAUAUCCGCCACCGUACAUACAACCGACUCCACAAUCAGUUCCACAACAGACUCACCAGCCAGUUGCGUCACCAUUUCCACAACCAGUGUUUCCACUAGUUGUACAACCAAUUUCACAGUCAAUUCCAACUUCAAUUACACCGUCAUUUCUACAAUUAAUGCCACCACCAUUUCCAAAGAAUAUACCGCCUCCAAAUUCAACACAAGUUAUGCCAUCAUUUACGCAGUCAUUUCCACCAUUAGUUCCAUCACCAGUUAUACCACCAUUCCCACCGUCAUUUCCACCAUCAGUUCCAUCAGUAGUUAUUCCAUCAUUCCAAGCACCACUUCCACGAUCAACUCUCAAGUCAAACUCACAACCAAUUUCAUCACCAGUCACACAACUAAUCCAAUCACCUAUGGUACCACACCAAUCACCUGUGGUACCAGAACAAUCACCAAUGGCACCACAACUGGUAUCCACCACACUGCCACCAGAACUACCGCCACCAGGGUCUUCUCCACAACAUUCAGUUGCUCUUGCACCUGAGACUGUGGCCACUAAACCACACUCUGUGGUAGAUAGAGCUGAUUCUUUACCUUUACCAUUGCCAUCACCUAUCAUUACAGUUGAUAGCGGUUUUCAAUAUGAAGAAGCUUCCCGGUCUCAACUGCCAAUAAAAGACAAAUCAGAAUCUAUUCCUACGUCGAAUUUAGAUGCAGCGAACAAGAGGGGAAGUAAAUCCGAUGUAAGUAAUAAAGGAGAAGACAAAGUUGAUGAAGCGGAGAGCAAAGCAGAUGUAGUGGUAAAGAGUAAAAGAAAAUCAGAUGUAGCGAUAAAGAGUGAAAGGAAAACAGAUCUAGCGAAAAAAGGUGAAAAUGAGGCAGAUAUAACGAAAAAAGGCGAAAAUAAGGCAGAUAUAACGAAAAAAAGUGAAAAUGAAGCAGAUGUAGCGAAAAAAAGCGAAAAUAAGGUAGAUGUAACGAAAAAAAGGGCGAAAAAAAGCGAAAAUAAGGUAGAUGUAGCGAAAAAGAGUGAAAGUAAAGCACAUUUAUCGGACCUCAGAAGACAAGGUCAUCAAGAUCGGCAUCGCACGAGAGAGAAAAUUUCUGCGAGUGACAUUCGGGAGGAACAUUUUUUUCUUCCUGUACCAGAUGCCGAAAUUCUUACGAAAAAACGCGAAGGGAGUAAAACUGCUUCGCCUAGGAAAUCUCGGAAAAGUAGACCAAAAAGCAAGUCAGCUCAGUCCACAAGAAAGCACAAAGAAAAAGAAGUGCAGCAAAAAGUUUUUGACUUGUUUGAUCUGAAUGAAGUCAUUGCUGACUCUGAAGAGGAGACUGGGUUUUGCAACAUUUGGACAAGGAGAGCAUCAUUACCGGACGCUGACAACAUUUCUGCAUUGUCUGAAGAAAAGUCAAAUCUGAUAGAAGAACAAGAAAAGAAAAAGGAGAAGUCGGAAGAACAGGCGAAGCUGUUGUACGAACUAAACAAGUGUAUUGAGGAGCCUAAGAUAACUAACCAAGAGAACACGGACUCUCAAAAGGACGCAACAUGUGUACUAGAAGUAGAAAUGAAGAACUCAUGUCAAGAUUUAGUAUCUUCUACAGAAGGUACGCAAGAAGAAAAGCCUUCCACCUCAAGUCAGAUGAAGGUAGAAUCUAACACAGUUGAAUCUCACAACAUUCUGCCGUCUACUAUUUUGAACUCCCUUCCUUUUGGGGCUUCCGUUUGCAAUGUUGAAACUCAACCUGAACACUUAACACCAGAAAUUGACUCAGACCAUCUUGGGGUUUCUGAAGUUACAGCUGAUGUGGCGAAACCACGCAGAAAGAAAACUAAAAAACUUACAAGCAACGCGAUUGAAAAGAUACUUGCUUCUGUGCAUGGUAAGUCAGAGAAGGCAUUGGGUGAAACCAGUGAAAUUAGCACUAACUUCGUGACAAACCAACAAGAGAACAAAUCAAAGCGUAUCGUAAACAUAGACCAUUCUGUUGACAACGCACAUAUGCAAAAAGAAAAUUUUGAAGGUGAGUCUACGACAAACCUAGCUACAGACGUGCGCACUAGUGAUAGUAUGCAAGAUAAUAGUGCAUCCGAAAAGCUGCCGCUUCAUUCAAAAAAACCUACCGGAGAGCUAUCUGUGGUUACUGAAUUAGUCCCCACUGCGGAUGAAGAUCCAUUCAAUGCUGGUGAAGUGCCACUGACCGCUGAUAAAGAGCUACCCACAGAUGAUGAAGUGCUACCCACCGGCAAUAAGAAAGUACCAACAGCUGAUAAAGUGCUGCCUGCGGCUUAUAUAAUGGAAACCACUACAGACAAGGAAGUAACUACUGGUAAUGAUGAUGAUAUGGAAAUUGCAACGACAAGUGAAGAUGAAAAGAAGGUGAUAGUCGACGAGUUUAUCGUUGACAACAAAGUUGAUGAAAUUUAUACUGAUAUAUACGAUGAUCGAAGUGAGGAGAAAAUGGAUGCUGAUCAUGAUGAAGACAUGUGGGAGGCUGCUAUGAGCUCUUUUGGGGGUUCAGGUUCCACUAACUCUAAGAAAGGAUUAAAAAAUACCGCUGUUUCUGGGAUGGCUUUACCCCCGACUGACGAUUUGUACUCAAUCCCUGAGAACGCAGUCGCUAAUAAAAUGUCUGAUAAAGCAUGUAGCUUUAUUUUUCAUUCGAUUGCAAGAAGGUUAAAUGACAUAAAAAAGAAACGAGCAUUCCCACGAAUUGAAAACAAAAUUAUCAAAUCCGAUGUGAAAAACGUAACGCCACUUUACGAGACGUCUGGGAUGAAGGGUGAACUCUCUUCCACAGAUGAUGAAUCAAGGGAUGGAGUACGAUCAUACGAUCCCGCCCUUUCUUCUGUGAUGGCGUUUGGAGGCGCUGAUUUUGAGGGUGUAUCCACAACCUCGAAAGAGGGAAAAAAGUUAAAGAAGAAGCAAAAAAAAGAAAAAAAGGAGAAGAAGAAAAAGAAGAAAAAGAAAAAUUUAGGUGUUUUGGAAAAAGAAAAACGCUCAGUUUGUCAGACGUAUGAUGAGAAUAAACUUCGGUCUCCAGGAGAUUAUAACGUGGAUAAAAGUCGAUUGAGCCGAGAUAAAUAUGAAAACGAAAGUUCCUUGAGCCAAGAAAAAUACGAAAACGAACGUUCGUUAAGACGAGAUAAAUGCGACAACGAACGUAUGUUGAGACGAGAUAAAUACAAAAACGAAAGUUUGUUCAGACGAAGUAGAUACGAAGGCGAAAGUUCGUCGAGACGAAAUGAAGACAUAAGUGGAUCCCGACUUGAUAUAAAUGCGGACGAGGGGCGCUCUAGAAGAAGUAGAGAAAAGGAAGAAAGCCGUUCGAAGAUUACAACAGACAGAAUCCCUGAAUGGGGCAUGGAGUAUGAAAAAAUGCGAAAGGAUUACCACUCCGUAGAGCUGAUUUGUGAUAAGCAACCUAAUGAAUCUGAUCACAGUGGUUUGUCUGAAAAAAUGCAUGACGGAAACAGAAUAAGACAGUGUGUGGAGGAGAAAAACACAGUUGAUAAUGUGGAGAAGAACAAUUUAGAGUGCUUAAACGAAGGGACUGAAAGUAGAAAUAACUCUGCGAUCCUUGCGAAAAGAGGUGAAGAGACAACUCCAAUUGAAGGUGACAAAGACUCAAAAGAGAGAAGAAUUCUUAAUGCUAACAAUUCCAAUGCUAAUGCAGAAAACAUGAAGAAAGAAAAAUUAAAUAACGCUCGACUGAAUGAAAAGUACGAUAGAGAAAGAAUAGAAGAUGAUAAUGUGAACCUCAUUCAGGUUAGAAACAAGGACGCUGUCGAGAUAACGGAUGAAACAGAACCGGACAUUGUAAAUGACAAAUAUGCGAUGGAGAGUGAAGUCACAGUUGCAAGAGAAGAUGUGAAUGAGAAUAUUGAGAUAGAGAAAGUUGAAGGAAUCGGAACACGAAUGGUUGGUGAUGACGCCGAUGCUAAGUCUAACGUUGGAGGCCAAGAUGAGAAAAACGUUGAAGACGGUGAUGAAAUAGAGGUUGGCGACCAGAGGAUUUGUGUUCAAAAGUCUGAUCAAGUAGUUAUGCAAGAUAAAUCUUUGUUAUGUGAAGAAGUGGAAGAUAAUAGGUUUCAGGGAAAGUUAAAGAUGGAAGAUGACGGCUUUGGCACUGAGAAAAUUACCGACCAUAAGAAAGAUUCUGAAUUUCAAAACCUAGCCGGAACUGAGGAAAUUGCCAGUAGCAAGGAAGAUGUGAACAUUCAAGACGGAGUUGAUAUUGAUAGAAUCUUCAUUAAACAAGAAGAAGCAGAAAUUCAAGACGGUGUCGACACUGGUAAAACCGUCGUUGGACAAGAAGACGCCGAAAUGCAAGACGAAGUUGAAGCUGCUAAAGAUGUCGUCAAAAAAGGAAAUGCAGAAAUUCAAGACAAAAUCAAUGUUGAUAAAGUUGUCGUUGAUCAAGAAGACGCCGAAAUGCAAGACGACGUUGAGCCUGAUAAAGAUGUCGUUCAAAAUAGAAAUGCAGAAAUUCAAGAAGACGUCAGCGCUGAAAAAAUCGUCGUUAAGCAGGAAGACGUGGAAAUCAAUGACGACGUGGACACUGGUAAAAGUGCCGUCCGUAAAGAGAGUGAUGAGAUUCCAGACAAUGUCGAUAUUCAGAAAAGGGAAAAAAAUGACGAGGAAGGCAUUGACAAAAAAAAUGACAAGAAAAAUGCUGCAGAAAUUAAAGACCCUAUUUGCAUUGAGAAAAAAGACGAUGCACAGGAAGAUGGAGAAAUUCAAGACGAAGACGAAGAUGGAGAAAUUUGUGACGAAGUGGACAAUGGUAAAGAAGCUGGAGUAUUAGAAGAAGAAGAACUUCAAGACGAAGAGAGCGCUGGUAGAAAACCGCACGACAAAGAAGACGGGGAAAUUCCUGAUGACGUUGACACUGGUAAAAAAUCUGGCGAAGAAGAAGAAGAGGGGGAAAUUCAAGACGACGAUAAAGAAAAAGGUGUGGAGGAGGGAGAAAUCCAAGACGAUGUGGAGGAGGGUGAGAUAUUAAGUAGUGAUGACGAAGAAAUUGUAAAAGUGAAAGAAAGAAAGGACACAAGAAAAAAUUCUGAUAAAAAAAGAUAUGAAAAAAGCAGCCGGAGCAGCAGUAGUUCAAGAAAACACGGUGAAAGACGUGAAGACCGACUAAGUGACGACGAUAGAUAUAAUCGCAAACGCGAAGAUCGUGUUUUUGACGGCGAUAGGUAUCAACGUAGACGAGAGUCACGGCUAAGCGAGAAUGAUAGAGGUGACCGCAGACGUGAUUCACGAAGUAGCCCCAGGAGAGAAAAGGACCGGAGCAGUAGACGCAGGGAUCGUUCGGAUGAUUCGAGAACAGGACGAAAAGAAAGUAAAAGCGAGCGACAUCAAAAAGAAGAGAAGCAUGAUGAUAAUAUUGAUCUAUUGGCUGUGAAAAGGUACGAAGAAAAGUGGAUGAAAAAAUCUGUUAACACGUCGUCGUCACGUAAAAAUACGACGGACAAUAUCCAGGAAGAAUUGUUACAGGUGAAACGAGAGAAGAUGCUACGUAGACUUGGUCAUAAAGAGGGUAAAGAUAAGACGGCGGGAGGUGGUGACGAAGAAUGGCUUGUGGAUGAAGGUGAAACGUCUUCUUGUGAAAGCAGUGUGAAAGAGGUUGAAAAUGUUGAAGAGGCUCAAUCUGAGAACCAUAAAGACGACCCAACUAUGAACGUGUUCCAGCGACGUAACUGCGAAAAGUCGCGACGUACCAAACGAACCGCAGAUGGAGAGGUCAAAGAAGUUAAACACAAGAGAAAAGAUACGGUUUUAAAACAUAAAAAAGACGUUGAAACACGAUCUGAGGAUAAUAAAAAACAAAGUUUUCUUUCUCGUCGAAUUGAAAGAAAAGAGGAAAAAGAGGCGGAAAAGGGAGAAAGGCUUCGCAAAGAAAGACUAUACAGAAGAGAUAGAGAACUAUUAAAUCGGAUUCAGCCAGUGAUAUAUCAACCUCAUCCAUCAAAAGCAAAGGCUGGCUGUGUAUACAAAAGGCGACACGCAAAUCAACUUUUCAUUCGGGGUGAUAAUAUUGUGAUGAUUGGGUAUGAACACCCUGGGGAGUCUCACCGUGUACAGUAUUUUGCUGAACAGGAAAAGAAACAUAGAGAAGCUACCACAGUCCAAAAUGCGAGAAAAGAAAAGAAAAAAUAGGUUAGCUUGAAAACGUUUGCAUCUCGUCGAAUGAUAGUACCAUUAGGAGAAGGUUUACGGUCAAUCAAGAAAGUUUAGGAAGACGCCGUUAGAUCAAGUCAAGUCAAGUUAAGUUCGGUUGACACUGAAAUGUGUGAAAUGUUCCAUAAAAAGAUGUUUUGUGUCGGAUCAUUUAAAUUGUUUUGUUGAGUAAACCACAAAAGACCACGUAAUAGACAUUGCAUUGUUUAUAAAUCUUCUGCUGUAUAUCACAAAAACCAUGGAAUGGUGUGUUAGUUGUAUAUAUUUUUUGUUACUGCUUAGACAUUUUGGUGUUUUGUUACAGAAGCUUUGCGAUAAAGAAGGAUAUAUAAAAGCGACAUUUUUUAUGUCGAUUUCCACCUA